GCCAAUCGUCAUAUAUCGGCGUCAAAGUACUCAAUGGAAACCUGGGCUGGUUUCUGCACGAGAUCUAUUAUCGACAACGUUGUCUUCCAUUUUACUGGUGAUACGCAUAAAAAUUCUUCUGUAAUGAAAGUAAAUAGCGAGAAUUUGUUGGCAAAUGGAGAGUUGUAUUUUCUGUGCAAUUUCAAAGCAUGGAGAGAUCUUUUGACUUGCUCCAAGGGUUGCACAAGCAUUCUGCAACAUUUUGCACACGCACAUGGUGCAACGAAAGGCAAUACAGAUGCGGAUGUGGCUGAAGAGAUCUUUAAUCAGCUAAUAUUAAAGAGCAGUAGCUGGCCAAUAAGGAUACAACGAUGCAUGUUGCAAAAGGAAAGGAUUUGUUUGUUUCUAAAUCGAGGAGAUAUUGUUGCAAACAGUAUAAGAAUGGCUAUCGAGUGUGGGAUAACAUUUGGAAAAGCUAAGUCGACUGGUAAAAUAUUUAUAUUGAAGUAUCAACCUGAUGGACAAUCGGAUCUUACUACUCAGAGGUUGCGUUUAAUGAGAAACAUUGCUGCCAAAGCAUUGAGUCUACAUGGACAUAUGUUGUCAACUGAGGCAAAUUAUGCCGACAGAUACAUGUUCACUAGCAAAUCAGAGGGAUUGAUUGAUGAAGGAUACAAGAAGUACAUUUGCGGUGUUGUAAAGAAUUCUCAAACAAAUUCAAAAGAAAUAUGUCUUACAUGGGAACAAUAUAUACAGUACAAAAUAAAUCAAUUGGCCGAAUUAAGUGAGCACAAAUUUAUUGAGGAUGAGAAGAAUGAUGCUAAAGAUUUAUUUCUGCACAAUUUAGCCAAUGCCAUUAUUAUUUUCGAAUUAAUGGCUGUGAAGCCAAGUCGAUCGGUUAUUAUUAGAAGCAAUAAUUUUGAAGAUGACAGAAGCAUUACAAAUACUAGAGGUGCGUCAUUUGCAUUAUACAACACUGCCAGGAUAGCUACAAUUAUAACAAAACACAAUGAGAAGGUAUUGCGUGGGGAUUAUCCUAGUUUGCCAGAUAUAAAAAAUGUCGAUUUCUCACAAUUGCAAGAAAAAGAAGAAUGGGAGUUGAUAUAUAAUUUUAUCUUUGGAUAUUCACAAAUGAUAAAUGAUUGUCUGAAGUGCGAACCAAGUUUUCAUAUUUAUCCCCAAGUUGUGUGCUUGUUCUUAUCACGAUUAUGCCAAAAAUUCAGUGUCUACUAUCGAAAAGUCAGAAUUUUAACGGAAGGAGGUAAUCAUUUGAUUCCCAAGAUGGUUGCCAGAUUGUAUAUGUUACGUGCAUUGUACGUCAUCUUUGAGAACGCCCUGGACAUUUUGGGCAUCAAGCCGGUAUCUCGAAUGUGA